AUGGGCUCCCAACCAAACGAGCUAACCGUCCGCAAGCGUCGUGGUGAGGCCAAGGCUGUCAUGAUCAGAAACAAUAAUACUGCCGACAACGGCACCGGCAGUGUCGCCGGCAAUAUUCCCGACAUUACCGAUGGCGAUAUCGGCAAGGCCAUCGCCGAAACUGCCGACUGGAUCCGCGAGCUGCUUGAGAGCAAGCGAGUGGUGAGCCCCAAGACAAGGACCAACCUUCAGUACUUUCUCGACAAGAUCGAGAACAUCGACAACCUGUCGCCACAGGAUCAGUCGGCGAUCAUGCAGAAGCACAUGCUGCAGAUGUGGCGUGCUGAGACAGACCGGCGCCUCGACAGCGAGGCCAAGUACGCUGGCAUUAUCGAUAAGUUCAGGGCCAUGAACGAAGACGCAUGGUACCUUCGGUACGGCGACUAUUUUGCCAUGGCUAUUAACCCCCUCAAGGGCCAUGCCACCAGUGUGAGAAAGGCCUCGCAGAACCGGGCGGCCAAGGUCGCUCAGCAACAGAAGUGGGAAGCCGCGAGAGCAGAGGCCCAAUCCAAGUGGGGCCACAAGAAGCCUCAAGGCAAGGCCAGCACUUCGUCUCCGUCGCCUGCCACUACACCAUCCUUUGUCCCGUCCACUCCUGCCGGCCCCGCCAGCCCCACGGCCCCCGGCAAUCCCACCAGCCCGGCGACCCCCACAACUACGCCCAAGCGAGCCAUGAGCGCCGCGGCCAUCCUAAAGGCCACGCAAGAGGCGGCGAUUGAGUUUUUUCUCACAGAAAAUUGGAUGGCCAUCAACGAGCGUCUGCAGGCCGAAGACCCGAUGCCCCGGCCGCCGAAGACCAUCGGGCUGGCUGACCUGUUUGGGCCGGAGCCGCUCGAGAGCAAGCCGACCAUGCCAACUCCCCUGGCCGAUCUGGUGGAGAAGCUGACGGGCAUGAUGAGCCCGUAUCAGACAUAUGAGAACGUGCGCAAGAACAUCUCCCUCUACGCACAGCGGAAUGAUAUCGCCCAUCGCCACCUCGGAGAACUGGCUCGUCAGAGCAGGUAUAUGGAGCUGGCAAACCUCAUCACCACAGAUCUGAAGGCUCUGUACUACAAGACGGCCAUUGACGAGGAGACACGCUCUGCUGCCCAGGCCGCCAUCUUUGCCACUGCCAGGCACUUCUUUCACACUUUUGUGUGGGACGAUGACAGCAUGAAUGUCGCGGACUUGGCAUUCCGCACAAUCAAGAAGACCGUCCCCGCUGCUUCAGGCACCGCCCCAGCUCCCGCUGAACAAGACGGCUUUGUUGGCUUGCUGAAGGACAAGCCCGUCGACGAAAACGAGGCCGAGACUUGUAUCACCGCCGAAGACGAGCUUUCGGACGAAGUCGGAUACAUCAACUUCGACUGA